AUGGAACUUUUAAACGAUUUCGAAUACGAUAAGAAAGAUUUGCUUGGUCAUGGCUCGUUUGCAAUGGUCUACAAGGGGCGAUAUAAAGCGAAACCCGACCAUCCAGUUGCGGUGAAAGUGUUCCAGAAGAAAAAUCUCGGCAGAAUCAAGGACCUCCUUGUCAAAGAGAUCAAAAUCAUGAAGGAAUUGAGUGAAAUCAAACACGAGAACUUGGUCUCAUUGCUGAAAUGCAUCGAAUCGCCGACUCAAAUUCUUCUCGUCAUUGAAUUUUGUGAUCACGGUGAUUUGGCUGAUUAUCUUCAAAAGAAGGGCACAUUGCGAGAAGUGGAAGUGCAAAAGUUGGCGAAACAAAUUGGCAACGCUCUCCACUCGAUGCACCAACGUGGAAUCAUGCAUCGAGACUUGAAACCGCAUAAUAUUUUGCUCACAAAUUCGAAAGCGAUUGUAAAGCCACAGUUCAACGAUUUAACAGUGAAAUUGGCGGAUUUCGGUUUCGCUCGUUUCUUGAGCGAUGGUCUGAUGGCAGUGACUUAUUGCGGAUCACCGAUCUACAUGGCUCCUGAGGUGAUAAUGGGUAAUCCGUACGACUCAAAAGCUGACCUCUGGUCCCUUGGAGUGAUCCUCUUUCAAGCGUUCAUUGGAAAACUCCCAUUCACGGCCAAAACGCCGCUUGAACUCCAGAAAUUCUACAAAACCCAGCCCAUUCUGUGCCCAUUUUUCACCGACUCGUGCCCAUUGUCGUUGAAAGAUCUUCUAACUAAAUUACUCACAAAGGAUCCCGAAACAAGAAUGGAUUUUGAGGGUUUCUUCGAGAACGAGUUUUUGAGAGUAGAGAAGUUUUCGAAGGGUUCGGAUCACUUUGGCACACCGAAGAGUCGACCAAGUACGAGUCGAGAAAUUGAGAUGGCAAAAGAGCCUUUUCUCACCUCUUUUCACAUUGUUGAUCCGCCUACAACAAGCAAAGUCACAUUGAAUGUGCGAACUACAAAAAAUCUCGUUAAGCAACUACCCCCUUUUUUGAUGCGAAUGAGCAAGAAGGACGAUUUUGUGUUUGUCGAGACGCCGGACUCUUAUCAAAAGAUUUUGUUUCAGAAGUUUUCAACAACGGAUUCGAAAAGCUCAACAAUUCUCCCGGUUCCCCACCAAAAACGAGCAUUUGAUGAGAUUGAGAGAAGGCGCUUGAAGGCACAAGGAAAAAGCUCUCCUGCUAUCAGCUCAAACGCGGAUAAGUUAUUUGAACGAUUGACCUUGCCAAGAAAGUUUCAUUCAAUCGCUCUAAGCACAUCAAUACCGAAUGACGAGAAGAGAUCACCUCAACCACUGAACACCGACUUUCUGUUACCCAAUGAACAUCAUGAGGCCUUAGAAAAGCUUCAAUUUCUUUUUGCAAUUGUUGAAAUUGUUGAUGAUAUCGUUGAGUCAAAGGAUAGCGCUUUAAGCAGCUUUGGAGUCGAUAAGUUUAACAAUCAAAUUGAUUGCAAAGUGGAUCAAAAAGAAAAACGAUUGAUACUCUCGUUGUGGUCACUGAAGCAACUGAGCGCUGGUUUUCAGUACGCACAGAGCAAAACCUCUUCCGGCACUCUCCACCCAACACCCGCUACUCAACAAGUUCUAAACGAUCUCAAUCAUCGUUACCGAUCGAAUCUAAACAAAGUGAAGGAGCUAAUCUCGAUGGGAUUCUCUCAAAAAUACACCGAAUCAUCGGAAACGAUCCUCUACAAAACUUCAAUCGAAUUGAUCAAAUCAGCUACCAGUGAUGAUAUUUUUGAGAAUCGACAACUCGCCGAGCAAAAAUAUCGAAGGGCUUCUCUAUUAUUGCAUUUCCUUUGCGAGUCCAAUCCCAAUACAGUACUCUUUCACUUCAGAGAUCUGUUAGAGAAAAGAUUGUACAAAACUCAC